CCACCAUGGUUUCCCCACCUCGGAUUGAAAGCCUACUACCAUGCUGUACAGUCCACACUGCCGGCCCAUUGAUUCCGCAGCAAUCAAGAAGAGUCUCUCCUAUACUUGAAAAGAGUGUAAACUUAUAUUAAGAUGGGUGAAUACGACGAAAAGUCGGACGCUGCGUCGUCUGACGGCAUCAAAAUGGAGAAGAACUAUGGCGUCAAGGAAACGGUAAUGGACGAUCCCGUCAUCGAGAACGCAAAGAACGAGACCGAUAUCACGGUCACCGAGCUUGGCCUUGGUCCGGACUUGCGUCAACGGGCGCUCGACCGUCUGAACCAUGAAGUCCACGAUGACUUGGUUGAUAUCUUGGGCAACGACCCGGUCUUGGAGUAUCUGCUUGAUAUGCUGCUCACCAUGUCGACCUCGGAAGCUAUCCAAGUUCUCACUGCUGCCGCGGAGUACCACGGCGACGAUACCAACUUUGCUGCGCGCUCUCUUGUCAAGAUUCAAAGCCUGCUAGCUGGUGAGGACGCCUAUGGAAAGGGCCACGAGGAGUACGUCUUGGAUCUUUUGAUCGAAGCCACUGUCUUGAAGUUCCACUCUCCCUACCCCGAGGUGCGAGCUGUCUGCGAUCCUAUGGAUGAUCCCUCCAUCCCUGUCGAGACAAUCCGCGCUUACUUCCUUGGUAUUUGCUGGGUUGCGGCCGGUUCAUUCAUCAAUCAGAUGUUCACUUUCCGUCAGCCCUCGCUUACAAUUGGUGCUACCGCUAUUCAGAUUUUGCUCUACCCCUGUGGUAAAUUCUUGGAGCGCGUCCUGCCUGAUUGGGGAUUCUCCAUCCGUGGUCAUCGGAUCUCACUCAACCCCGGACCGUGGAACAACAAGGAGCAGAUGUUGGCCACUUUGAUGGUCAACGUCGGCUCGACAUCCAGUAACUUUAUGAGUUACGUCGUCGUCAUGAAGCUCGACCGUUUCUUUGCUCAGCGAUGGGUCGACUUUGGUUUCAUUUUCCUGCUCAACACUUCCACCCAGUUCUUUGGUUUCGGCUUAGCUGGUCUUCUUAGACGAUUUGUGGUCUAUCCCGCGAAGGCUAUUUGGCCCUCACUCUUGCCCACAGUCAUGCUUAACCGUACCCUGCUGCUUCCCGAAGAGAAGCACAGCAUCCACGGAUGGACGAUUUCCCGAUACAAGUUCUUCUUCAUCGUCUUGGGCUGCAUGAUGAUCUACUACUGGCUUCCCGGCUUUAUCUUCACUGCUCUCAGUACUUUCAACUGGAUGACCUGGAUUGCACCCAACAACAAGAACUUGGCUAUCGUGACCGGCUCCGGUAUCGGCUUGGGAUACAACCCUCUUACUACUUUUGACUGGGGUGUGAUCGGUUACACUGCUCCUCUUGCUGUUCCGUUUUUCUCCUUGGCCAACCAGUACUCUGGAAUGUUCAUUGCCGGUCUCAUUAUGCUUGGUCUCUACUACCGCAACUACAAGUGGAUGGGCCAUAUCCCCAUCAACUCCACCAGUUCGUUUGAUAACCAGGGCAACAAGUACAAUGCCUCGCGUAUCGUCAACGACGAUCUCACUCUCAACCUUGAGAACUACAAGAACUACUCGCCGCCUUUCCUUUCUAUGGGAUACCUUAUGUGUUAUGGCUCUGAGUUUGUUAUGUUCACAAUGUCGGUUGUCUACAUCGGACUUGCUGAAUGGCGAGCUCUGAAGGAGAGAUUCGCUGGAUUCUACAAGGCUCUGCGUUACCGUGGAAGAUCCAACUUUGACAACUAUGAUGAUGCUCUUUGCCGUCUUAUGAGAGCGUACCCUGAGGUUCCUGACUGGUGGUAUCUCAUCAUCUUGGUCUUGUCGCUCGUGUUUGGCAUCAUUGCUUGCGUUGUCUACCCGACGAACACUCCCUGGUGGUCCAUCAUCGUCAUUAUCGUCAUUUGUAUCUUCCUUAUCUUCCCUAGUGCCAUCAUCUUCUCUAUCACUGGUUACGAACUUGGAUUCAACGAUAUCGCUAUCGUCGUCGCUGGUUACAUGAUUCCCGAGCACGCUAUCGCAAACAUGAUCUGUCGUGUGUACGGUUGGAACGUCGACGCCCAGGCUGAGAGUUUGAUUGGCGACCAGAAGCUCGGACACUAUGCUAAGAUCCCGCCAAGAGCGCUUCUUCGUGGACAGCUGCUGGCUACCAUCAUCCAGACCUUUGUUACCAUCGCGGCCUACAACGUCUUGGUCCAGUCCUUCCCUGAUCUCUGCGCCUCGGACCAGUCCAACAGAUUCGUCUGCCCGUUCCCCAAUGCGCUGUACACCGCUACCCUCGUCUGGGGUGUCGUCGGACCCAAGCGUAUGUUUGAGACCUUGUACCCCAUGCUCAAGUGGGCUUUCUUGAUCGGUGUCCUGAUCGGAGCUCCUUGCUACUACACUCGUGUCUUCCUCAUGCGCUUCAAGUACCUCUCUUGGCUCAAGAACUUCAACCCCAUUCUGUGCCUUGCGGGCAUGAACUUGUUCCAGUCCGGCUACAACCUCUCCUACUACACCCCCGGUCUCGAGAUGGGUUUCAUCUUCAUGUACUACAUCCGUCGCCACUACCUCGCCUGGUGGACCAAGUACAACUUCGUGCUCACCGCCGCGCUCAGCGCGGGUGUCGCUCUCUGCGCUAUCUUGAUUUUCGCUACCCUGCAGGUCACGAACGUCAGUAUCCCAUGGUGGGGACGAACCGUCUCCAACGCGGGUGUAGAUGGUGAUGGCACGGCUACCGUGUUCCCGAUUCCGGCAAAGGGUUACUUUGGCCCUGACACCUGGAGUUAAAUCUGUUCCAAAAAUUCUUAACUGAUCGUUUCUUUUUUUCUCUACUCAAUGUCUGUUGUUUUUCGAGCCUUUCUGUUUGGCUAGGUAGCUUUUAUAUGAUAUAUAACGUUUUUUCCUUUUUUGAAUAUAUGAAUAGUAUUAUAUAUUAU